GUAACUGCUAAAAUGACGAGAAACAUCCGAUUUCAUCGAUUUUCGACUUUGAUCGAAUCAGACAACAAAAGACCAAGUACAAGUACAAGUACGAGGAUGUUUCUAAGGUCCUCCUCCAUACCCAUACCUCAUCGAACGAUUCCUCAACCCAAAGGGCAAGAUCUCGAUUUUGUUAACGUUGUUCACAGCCACGUGAUUCAUUCCCAAUGGGACAAACUCCAUCACUUAUCAUCAUCAUCAUCAUCUUUCACUCCGUUCAGAGUUAAACACAUUCUCCUCAAGCUCCAAAACGACAACGUUCUCUCCUUGGAGUUCUUCAACUGGGUUAACAAACACAACCCUUCUUCCCACACCCUCGAAACACACUCCAUGCUCCUCCACACCCUCACCAAAAACCGAAAAUUCAAAACCAGCGAAACCAUUCUCAGAAAAAUCCUUGCUUCCAACACAAUAGACUUUCCUUCUAAGCUCUUUGAAGCAUUGUUGUACUCUUACCGUAUCUGCAAUUCUUCACCUUUCAUAUUCGAUUCUCUCUUCAAGACCUUUGCUCACAUGAACAAGCUUAGAAAUGCCACUGACACCUUGUGUCGAAUGAAGGAAUAUGGUUUCUUCCCCACUGUUGAGUCCUGCAAUGCUUUUCUGAGUUCCACUCUUCACUUGCAAAGAGCAGAUAUAGCUUUGGCAUUCUAUCGUGAGAUGGGUCGUUCUUGUGUUUCACCAAAUGUGUACACUGUUAACAUGGUUAUUUGUGCUCACUGUAAGUUAGGGGAAUUGCAGAAGGGUGUUGAGAUGUUGGAGAAGAUGAAGGACAUGGGUUUGAGUCCAAAUGCUGUGUCCUUUAACACAUUGAUUUCAGGGUAUUGUAACAAGGGUCUCCUUGGCUUGGCUUUGAAGGUUAAAUCUUUGAUGGGAAACAAUGGGGUGGAUCCAAAUGUGGUUACUUUUAAUACGCUUAUUAAUGGUUUUUGUAAAGAGAGGAAGCUGCACGAGGCAAAUAGGAUUUUUACUGAGAUGAAGGUUACCAAUGUGGCUCCAAAUACUGUAACAUACAAUACUUUGAUAAAUGGGUAUAGUCAGGUUGGUAACAGUGAAAUGGGGAGUAGGCUUUAUGAGGAGAUGGUGAGGAAUCAGGUUAAGGUUGAUAUACUGACUUAUAAUGCUUUGAUUUUGGGACUGUGUAAGGAUGGGAAGACAAAGAAAGCUGCAUUUUUGGUUAAAGAACUUGAUAAGGAGAAAUUGGUUCCUAAUGCGUCCACCUUUUGUGCACUUAUUACUGGUCAGUGUGUAAGAAACAACUCUGAGCGUGCCUUUCAACUUUAUAGAAGCAUGAUAAGGAGUGGUUGUAAACCGAAUGAGCAAACUUUCCAAAUGUUGAUAUCUGCCUUCUGCAGCAAUGAAGACUUUGAUGGAGCUGUGCAAGUCUUGAGGGACAUGUUGGACAGAUUUAUGACUCCUGAUUCCAGUACCUUUUCUGAGCUCUAUAAUGGACUUUGCAAGUGCGGCAGAAACCAGUUGGCAUUGAUGUUAUGCAGUGAGAUGGAAACGAGGCAUCUAUUGCCAGAAGGUUUUGACAAAGAAAAAAUAGGCAUCAUUCAUCUAGAAAUUGAGACAAAUAAUUGAACUUGUCAGGAAACACCAAAAUGAAGUGAAAGAGAGAAGUUAAAAUUGCAUAGUCUCGCGCAAAAAAUGGCGCGAUCCGCGCGGAUUUGGCGUUGAUCGCGCAGGCGUCAUGAAUGCAGUCCUUGAUUUGUGGAGUCGCGAAUUUGGCACUGAUCGCGCGGGCGUCAUGAAUGCAGUCCUUGAUUUGUGGAGUUUGAUUAAAAGUGAAAUUUAAUCAAAUUAAUGAGAGGAUUAUGACCUGAUUGAUUGGUGGAAUUAUGAGAAAAAUGGAAAUUUAAUCAGAAUUAAUUCAAGGAUUAUGACCUGAUUGAGUAGCUGGCUAUAUAAAGGAAGCAGAAACUCUAAAACAACAUCAUCUUUAGCCGGAGAGAAUU